AUGAAGAGGAAGAAUAUACAAAAUAAUAUAUUUCAUAUUUUUAAAAAGAAUAAUAGUUCUUUUAUUUGUUUUGGUGAAGGAAAAUAUAAUUUAAAGAAAUUUGAGAAUUUAAAAAAAAUCGAUUUGAAAAAAAAUGAAAAUAUUAACAAGAUAGAAAUAUUUAUUGAUGGAAAAAAAUUAUUAACAAACAAUAAAAAUGUUUUUGCAGUUCAAAAUAUGGAUCUAGCUUUUCUUGUAAAAUUAGAACUACUACGAAAUAGUAAAGAAAUGAAUAUUUUAAAAAUGCCUUUAACAUUAUUCAUGAAUAACUUAAUCGAUUUUAUAAAUCCAAAAGAGGGAAUAGGUGUAAAGACAAAAAAUAUGAAUACAAUUCAGACUGAAAAUAAUAAUAACUAUCAAAUUAAUAAUUUGGAAAAAGAAGAAAAAAACAACACUCACAAUCAUGUUAACAAUGUUGGCAAAUACUUAGAUAAUUGCAAAAAUGAAACAGGAGAAUUUUUAACAAAAUUUUCAAAUUACAACAUUAAAGGAAUGUCACACUUUGAUAUACAACGAGCUUUGAUAGAAAAAAAUAUUUAUGACCAUUUCAAAACUGAUUUAAUUUUUUAUAGGAGUGAUGAAAUAAAUUCUUUUGGAACCGAGAAAAAAAAAAUUAUGGAUUUAGAGAAUCCUAUAAAUCUACCAAAUAGUGUUAAUUAUUUGGAAAAUUAUAAAAUUAAAAACUUACGUGAAGAAGAAAAUAAUAUUUAUAAUAAAUUUAUGAAUAUUUUUGAAGAUAUUCAUAAAAUAAAAUUAAAUAGCGCUAAAAAUUUUGAAACACCUGAACAAGAUGAACAUGUUCAUAAAACAAUUCAAAAUUUGAUUAAAAAUAUGAACAAUUCAGAAAUUUUUAUUUUUUAUAAAUGCACACAAAUUUUAAAUUCAUUUAUAUUUAGUUAUUUAUUUUUAAAAGGUUACAUAAAUUACAAAGAUGUCUAUCGGUAUUGCAACCUGGAAUAUAUAUAUCAGUUUUCAAAAUGGGGAUAUGUAUACGAUAUUAACAUUAUAAAGGAUUCAAGUUCGUUGCUAACAUUAUCAUCUUUAAUGUUAAUUAUGAGAGCAAUAAAUACAGAAACAGGAAAUUAUAUUAACAAGUUAGGCGAAACCUAG